AUUCUCCCAGCCUCACCAAUAUUUAUUUAGGCCUCCCCUCUUAUUAGAAAGCCAUGCCAUGUGGAACCUAGAUCACAAGCAUACAAGAGGAAGAGCAUUUGCCAAGCACGCCUCGCAAUUUAAAUCUAGAAAAUCUCUCAUUAUAUUCCUCUGGAUCUCGCUCUGUAUGAUCUCCUUCACUCCAUCCAUUUUUCUGAUCAGAAGUACUUUCUUCCUGCACAAAUUUACCGAAAAAUCCGCAAAGAGAUCACUUGCAGUUAUGUCUAACAUGAAUAAUGAUAUAGAAAGCAAGAGCCCAUUUGAGAGACCUCGAUCAGUAGUGAAAAAAUUGUUGUCAAAGGAGCAGCCUGAAGGAGAUGGUGCACUUGUUAGACGAAGCAUUGGAAGGCCUGAAUUGCGGAAUCUUGAUCCUUUUCUUUUGCUUGACGAAUUUUCAGUUACUCCUCCUGGAGGUUUUCCAGAUCAUCCUCACAGAGGAUUUGAGACUGUUACAUACAUGCUCAAGGGAGCUGUUACACAUCAAGACUUCGCAGGACAUAAGGGUACCAUCAAAGCUGGUGAUCUGCAAUGGAUGACUGCUGGGAGAGGUAUAGUUCAUUGUGAAAUGCCAGCAAGCAAAGGAGUCCAUCAUGGGCUGCAAUUAUGGGUCAAUCUUUCAAAGAAGGACAAAAUGAUCGAACCUGCAUAUCAAGAAUUGGAAGACAAAGACAUACCCAAGGUCGAGAAAGAUGGUGUUAGGGCAAUUGUAAUAGCUGGAGAAGCCCUGGGAAUUAAAUCCCCUGUAUACACACGAACUCCAACAUUGUUCUUGGAUUUUACAAUGAAACCUGGAGCUGUUCUUCAUCAAGAGGUUCCGGAGGGUUGGAAUGCAUUUGCUUACGUAUUAGAAGGCGAGGCAAUCUUUGGGAAUGUUGAUUCAUCGGCCAUUACUGCUCAUCACACUGUUCAAUUGAGCGCUGGUAAUGGCUUGAGUGUCUGGAACAAGUCUAACAACCCUUGCAGAUUUGUUCUAAUUGGGGGCCGGCCAUUAAACGAGCCAGUUGUGCAAUAUGGCCCUUUUGUCAUGAACGCUAAAGACGAGAUAAUUCAAGCCAUUGCAGACUAUCAGCAUAGCAGAAAUGGUUUUGAGAGAGCCAUAAACUGGCACUCUGAUUCUGUUGUGCUCAGUGAAGCCGAUUAGAGAGCAUAUGUGGAGUUCAAAUGAAAUAAUCAGAUUUUAAACCACAGAAAUAUAUGCCCCGAGCAUUGUACCCUAAAAUGUUUUAGAAUGCCUUACCCUUGUUAUUCCCUAUUUGGAAAUCAUAUAAUUAUUGUGAUUUAUUUUAAUAGGGAAUUCUUUGAUUUCUUUUUGCAUCAGCGACAGAUUAUUGUUAAUUAGCUGUUUGUAACAAAAGUUUUCACAUUUGUGGAAUGAGCAUAGAAUUUGUUCCAAAUUUA